GGAAACAUCCGGAGCCUACUGCGCCGGCACCUGCAGACUCAACACCAUGAGCCAAACUGCCAUUCUCACUUUCUGCCUUAUCUUAGUGGCUGUGAGCUGGACUAAUGGAAUGCCUCUCUCCAGAACUGUGCGCUGUACCUGCAUCAAGAUUCAUAAUAAACCAAUUAAUCCAAGACUUUUGGAAAAACUUGAAAUCAUUCCUGCAAAUCAACUUUGUCCACUUGAGAUCAUUGCCACAAUGAAAAAGAAUGGGGAGAAGAGAUGUCUGAAUCCAGAAUCAAAGGCCAUCAAGAAUUUACUGAAAGCAGCUAGAAAGCAAAGGUCUAAAAGAUCUCAAACCCAGAGAGAAGCACAGUCCCCACAGUGAUGCCAAGAACGGACCCCUGAAAGGCUGCUCUGCCACACUUCCUCACACAGACUGUAUGCCAACCCCUCAUUCAGGCUCCCUCUGCCACACUUCCCAUACAGAAUUUAUGCAAACCCUUCACUGCACUAAGUUUACAAUUCUCCUAAAAGGUGAUCAGCCAGUUGCCAAACCAGCUGCUUCUGCUCCUGCACGGUCAAGAGUUUACCAUCCUGAACUUCUCACAGUAACUCUAUCUUGGCACCAUCCCAUAAGCUAUUCUGAGUCAAUGUGCCAAGUUCCAGCCUGCUAGUACACCUUCCUCAUCUUUCCUAUUUUUUUUUUUUUUUUUAGUUAUUGUGGGAGCAUUCUUAAAAUCUCAAACAACUAAAAGGCAUACAAACCAACAU